CGUAUUGACAUGUAAAUGUCAGAGCCCUCGCCCCUCUGCCAUCCUUGCCGACAGACAAGCUGCUGCCGGUGCACACUAAGCUGACGCCAGGGCUGUUGUGGCGCCUUUGUCCCUUGUCCCCACAGGGGCUAGCGAAGUCGGUAAGAACCGUCCAUUGUGAAACUCCGCUGAGCUCUGAGGCUGCAUGGAAGGUUCUACCAGCUUGAGUGUGGGAGCUGUGUCUAGGGAAUGCCCUCUCUUGGAUGUGGACAGAGACCCUUGACUGGGUUUGAAGUGGAAAUGCAGAGUACUAGGACCUGAAGAUGGAGUAGUAAAAAGGCAUCCCCCAUGAUUCUGAGCACCUUUCCCUGUGGACUCCAGCCCUGGCCAGAGGCUGCCUGUGGAGCUGAAGGGACUGACCUACUGCUUUCUUGAGAACCCCUUCCUCUCCUAAUUCAUGAGCCAGCAGGAUGCGGUCGCUGCGCUUUCAGAACGCCUGCUCAUAGCUGCGUACAAAGGCCAAACAGAGAAUGUGGUUCAGCUCAUCAACAAGGGUGCCAAGGUAGCAGUUACCAAGCAUGGCCGGACCCCCUUGCACCUUGCUGCCAACAAGGGUCAUCUGUCUGUGGUCCAGAUUCUGCUGAAGGCUGGCUGCGACCUCGAUGUGCAGGAUGAUGGGGACCAGACAGCUCUGCACCGGGCCACUGUGGUGGGAAACACUGAGAUCAUCACAGCGCUUAUCCGCGAGGGAUGUGCCCUGGACAGACAGGACAAGGAUGGGAAUACAGCCCUCCAUGAAGCCGCCUGGCAUGGGUUCAGCCAGUCAGCCAAGCUGCUUGUUAAAGCGGGAGCCAACGUGCUUGCCAGGAACAAGGCAGGGAACACAGCUCUGCACCUGGCCUGCCAGAACAGUCGCUCCCAGAGCACACGCGUCCUCCUGCUGGGCGGCUCCCGGGCUGACCUCAAAAAUAACGCGGGAGACACCUGUUUGCACGUGGCUGCUCGGUAUAAUCACUUGUCAAUCAUUAAACUCCUCCUCAGCGCGUUCUGCUCUGUUCAUGAAAAGAACCAGGUUGGAGACACAGCCCUCCAUGUGGCUGCUGCCCUAAAUCACAAGAAGGUAGUCAAAAUCCUGCUGGAAGCUGGCGCUGACACGACCAUUGUGAACAACGCAGGCCAGACCCCGCUGGAGACUGCCCGCUACCACAAUAAUCCUGAAGUUGCUCUGCUACUCACCAAGGCUCCCCAGAUCUUGCACUUUAGCCGUGGGCGAAGCCUGAGGAAAAGGAGAGAGAGGCUCAAGGAAGAGAGGCGGGCCCAGUCUGUGCCCAGAGAUGAGGUGGCACAGAGCAAGGGAAGUGUCUCAGCAGGAGAUACCCCCAGUAGUGAGCAAGCUGUCCCCCAAAAAGAGGAAGCCAGAAAAGACUGCCCGGCAGCUUCCCAGGAGCCCAGGAAGGGUGACAGGAGGAGAAAGUCGAGGCCAGAGGUGUCAGCACUCUCUGACCCCACCCCAGCAGCAGAUCAACAGCCUGGACACCAAAGGAACCCACACAGUCACCAUCACCCCAAAAAGAAGAGCAGACACCGAUGUUGGUCCCCACCUCCACCACAUGGAUUCAGGGCCUACCAGCUCUACACACUGUACAGGGGCGAGGAUGGAAAAGUGAUGCAGGCACCAAUAAAGGGUUGUCGAUGCGAACCUCUAAUCAACAAGCUGGAGAACCAGUUGGAGGCGGCGGUGGAGGAGAUCAAAGCUGAGCUGGGAUCAGUGCAGGAUAAAGUGAACACAAAGCUGGGACAGAUGGAGAGCAAGACCCAGCACCAAAUGUGUGUUUUGGACAAACUGAUGGUAGAGAGACUGUCGGCAGAGAGAACAGAGUGCCUGAAUCGCCUGCAGCAGCAUGCGGCGGCUGAGAAGCAGGAGGGGGAGAAACGGCAGAUGUCAUUGGUGGAUGAAUUAAAAGCCUGGUGUAUGGUGAAGAUCCAGAAUCUAGAGCUGAGGCUUUCUGGAGAGUCUCGGACCUGUAGAGCUAAAUCCAUACCAUCUCCGUGUGACUCCUCUCCAGCUGUAGAUGAACCAGUGGCUGCUUCAGGGCCAGCGGCAACUUCCAACAGCUCCUCUCAGGUUGUGAGGCCCAAGGACAAGGCGCUCAGUGCCACUGCUGCCCAGAGACAGCAGGAGGAGCCGCCUCCCUCUGACUGCACAAGCUCCCGGCCAAGGAAGGGCAAGGCCCCAGCGGCCUCCUGUCCCUUGAAUGGGGCUCCCACGUGUGAUCAGCAGACGGCAUCCUGUGUCAACAGAGGCACUCAAACCAAGAAGUCUGGGAGAAGCGGGCAGACCAAACAUCGAGGCCAGCAGCCAACAGUCAGCAGCCCCUGUGGGCAGCAGCCAGCAGCAGCAGGCGGUGAUGUUCCAGAUGCCUCACAAGCCCUGGAGCUAACCCAGUAUUUUUUUGAGGCCGUUUCUACCCAGAUGGAAAAGUGGUAUGAAAGGAAAAUCGAAGAAGCACGAAGCCAAGCCAGUCAGAGAGCCCAGCAAGACGAGGCCACGCUGAAGGAGCACAUCAGAAGUCUGGAGGAGGAGCUUGCCAAGCUGCGGACAAAGGUGCAGAAACCCGGACCCUGAGGCGAAGCAAUGGGAGUUCUGACUUGGUGACAGCAAAGUACUGUGUCCCAGGAGCUGGUUAUCAUGCACAAGGUGAAAUUACCUUUUAAAAAGUCACUAAUCUGUUGUGAACACAUACUUCUGUGUCCUGAAGUUACAAGGACUUCACUAGUUAUAGUGACUCCUGGGAAGCUUGAGGAGUUGCAGGUCUCACUCCUAAUUCUAAACCUCAGGCCAGGUUCAUAAAAAGCAAGCCACACCAAGAAGAGAAGGUGUGUGCCUAAGUCUAUCAUUCAGUGAUAUGAAAUAUGUCAGAAGCAAGAAUUACUUUCUGGGAACUCUACAAGUAGUCAUUCAUGUCCACAUCAACAUGCCUGCUGUCCCUAGACGGUCCUAGAAGAGCAGGACUGAGAUGCGGCUGUGCCUAGACGGUCCUAGCAGAGCGGGACUGAGAUGCAGCUGUGCCUAGACAGUUCUAGAAGAGUGUGACUGAGAUGCAGCUGUCCCUAGACGGUCCUAGCAGAGCGGGACUGAGAUGAUUCUAGAAGAGUGCGACUGAGAUGCAACUGUCCCUAGACGGUCCUAGAAGAGCCAGGACUGAGAGGCAGGAAGUGCUCUUUCCCUCUUAUAACUCUCAAAAUGCUCAUCUUUUCACUGGGUGAAACUUUCAGAUUUUGAGAAGAAAUUCAUUUUAAUGAUUUUGGUGUCCACUAUGUCUUAAAAUAAUUUAAAAGGUCAUGUAAAUAAGAACUGGAAAUGUUUGUCAAAUGAGAGAAGUUUAAACCGUUGGUCAGUUACUGUGUUUUUAGCCAAAAUAGCUGAACAGAUUACUGGAAAAACAUGAAACAACUUCAGCCAGUUGUUUUAGACUACUUUUCUGAAUUCAAGACUUUUGUUCUGUAUUUUGUAAAGAAAUAAGGCAGUUUCAGAAAAGUUUAAUUUUGAACUGACUUCUCUCACUGAAGAACAUCAAGGCAAAUAAUUGACUAACUCAACAUCAGAAGGCUUUACUUGUUUACUGAAUAAAAUCUAUCCAACAGAGGUGAUGAAGAUAUCUUGGUUAGACCUUGGAUUUCUCUUAUAAUCCUUUGGAUCAUGGGUUAUAUCAGUCUCCACAUAUGCAGAGAAAAUUCAGUUCUAUUUCUCUAUGCCUAAAAACCUAAUAACUACUAUCCAUGAAUUGUGACUAAAAUGCUGUUCAUUGAGCCAAAGAGAAGUGAUGAUCUUUCAGGAAUAGUAUGCAUUUAGCCCUUUGUCAAGCCAAGCUUUUGUUUUUCCUUAUAAUGACAAUUCAUAGAUACAGACAUUCUUGUAAAAGUAACAGGGUAGAUAUUUAGCAUACAGAAUCCAGUGAGUCAUUAUUUCAUGUGACUGGCCUGUCGGUAUCCUUAGCAUCUUGGGAGGUGCAACCUUUUCCCAGUCUCCUUCACUGGGGUCCUGUAUUCAGCUCACUUGCUGGAGCCCUGCUGUGAAACUACCCAAAACAAGAUGUCACUCACUUCUGUAGUUUCAUUCCUUAUUAAACACUAAAUUUUUGGGAACUGCCUAAUACUAAGAGAUGAAAUCCUGAGCUCAGUGAGUUAUGCUCCAAGCCGGAGUUAUUUUCACUGUUAGAAUACUUAUUACCUCAUGAUAUCCUUGUUGAGAAAUGCAGAGAGCAACGGUAAUUGAGCAUCAAGUCUAUACCACAGAGUAUCUUGGGCAGUACUUUGAUGAUAUACCUCCUCCCAUCAGAAGCAGGCAGCUUAUCACUGUGAACUGGGUAUUUUUGUCAAGUCAUUAAGCAUAAAAACGAGGCUAUUGAAUAAGAGCAGUCAGUCCCUCACCCCUCAGGGUUGACUCUCUAAGUUGGUUUGUUGUUUGGGGUUUAUUGUGUAUCCUAGAUUGACACCUUGAACUCAUAUCUUCCUGUCACAGCCUCCUGAAUCCUGGGGUUAAAGGAGUGAACCCCAUGGCCAAUCAUGUUUUGUUUGUAACACCAAUGUUAGGUUUGUUGCAGUUGUUCUUAGCAUUAUGAAGCACUGCAGAUCUGGUGUGUAUUUUCCCCUUGUGCUAUGUGCUAAAACAAGACAAUAUCCCAGCUGUACUUUGACAAAUAACUGUUUAAACCUAUACUCUCACAUAGGUCAUGUUUCAAACUGAGGCCUAAAAAGUGUCAACAGCUGUGGAAAUGUUAUAAAACAGUAAAACUGUACAUUACUAAUGGCCUUUAAAAAAGCCCGAGUACUUGCUAGCACGUGCAUUAUCCUGUAUCCUAAAUGACUGUGAUGGGGGACCGUGUCAGUCCUAGCAUCACUUCUGAUUUGGGGAGGCCAAAACACAGGCUUUUCAUCUGUAGAAAUGUUUUUCCUGGUGAAAGGCAUGCUGUCUAAUGUUUCUAUCUUGAACUUGGUGUUUCCUGUAAACAUUAAACCCUGCUUUCAGUUGUUGGUA